GGUACUACUACUAAGGGUGGCUUUUGGGGCGUAUUUUCAAAUUAGAAAGAAAAAGCUCUAAAUUUGUGUCAGAUUCCCUCCUUUAACUCGCUUUCCUAAAAGUAGAUGGAUAGGUUUCAGAGGGUGGAGAAGCCCAAGGCGGAGGCUGCGCCGAUAAACGAGAAUGAGAUUCGUAUAACAGCUCAAGGUAGAAUGAGGAAUUAUAUUACUUAUGCCACCACUCUCUUCCAGGAGAAAGGAUUUAAUGAAAUUAUUCUCAAGGCAAUGGGCAGAGCUAUCAAUAAAACUGUUAUGAUUGCUGAGCUAAUAAAGAGAAGGAUUGUUGGUCUUCAUCAGAAUACUUCUAUUGGAUCAACUGAUAUUACUGACGUGUACGAGCCCCUGGAAGAAGGCCUGCUUCCUGUAGAGAGUACUCGGCAUGUUUCAAUGAUCACUAUUAGCUUGUCGAAGAAGGAGCUUGAUACAUCCUCUACAGGAUAUCAAUCCCCUCUUCCGAUUGACCAAGUGAAACAAUUGAAUAAUUUUGAGGAUGAUGGAGACGGUUCGCCUGGAUUCCGAGCCAGGGGUCGUGGUGGCCGAAGAAGAGGUAGGGGUAGAGGAAACUACAAUGGAUUUGGGGAUUAUAAUGGAGAUGGUUGGGAUGGUGGGCGUGGUUAUGGUGGCAGAGGUAGAGGCCGUGCAAGAGGUGGUUCUUUUAGGGGUCGUGGACAAGGUUAUGGUCAGUUAGGUGGAUACUAUGAUUAUGUUGAAGGUGCACCUACCCAAGGCCAUGGACCAAAAUCAUUGAUGGUGGACAAACUUAGAGAUCACUUCUAUUGAUUUCAGAUCUCAGCUACCAAAGUGAGGGUAAUGCCAAUUUCAGGGACCAUUUUGGCUAAAAAGCCAUUAAUCGUACUCCAAUUACACUUAGUUCUUUGAACGUAUAUAUGUUAGCCGCUUUAUGUUUGUCUUGUUCUUUGAACGUAUAUAUGUUAGCAGUUUUAUGUUUUGUCUGCAUGUCACUAAUAAUGUAGUUUAUCAGCACAAGAUUCAUAUGGUUUUAGAACUAGAUUUUUCUUUGAACCUGGUUGUAAAGACAUUAUGUACGAUCUGUUAAAUUCAUUUCUUAGUUUUUUUAUUUUGUUUUAAUUUUUAUGUUUUGGGUCUAAUAUAUCCUUGACCAGUGUGCUUUUUAUUAUAAGCUAAUAUUGAUGGUUUUGGCAUAAUGCAUUUAGCACUAUACUUGGUGCUGAGCAACAAGUCCUUGAAAAGGGUUUCUCCAUAGCAUAAAGUAUAGCACGGUCAACCAUUUAGAUUUUAGUUUUCAAUUUUUGCUUUUUGGUCAGAAAUAAGUAGGAAAUAAGAGGAAGAAAGGAGGGGAUGAAUAAGGCUAGAGGAAGGUGGUGGGAAGGAAAUGAGGAAAUGCACAUGGAAUGGUACAAAACAUGAAACCAAAAACUGAAAAGCAAUUUCUUAUUAAUCGAUUUUUAUUUUGUAUGUCGCUUCAUGUGCAUUUCUUCCCCCUUCCUCCUACCAUACUCCCUGCAUUCUUCGUCAUCUACUCUUCCAUCUACUUUCUCUCUAUAUCUAAUGAAAAAAAACUGAACUAAAAACCAAAUGGUUAUCAAACAGGCUUUUAGAAAGUGAAAACUUUUGCGUUGCCAAACAAUCAAUUAUUUCCUAAGUAUUGUGUGCUUCGCAUCAUUGGAAUGUUGGAAUGUUUGUUAAGUUCCAUAAGUAAUCUGAUAAAGA